CUUCCUGUCUACAAGCCAUUCAGCUCCCCGAGCUCCGACAGGAUGGAGGUCCUGUAUCCUGCUGCUUCCUGCUCCAACACCCACUAAACUCCACUUUUUUUGGAUCAAAUAUCUUAUAUUUUGACCCAUUUAUUUCGUUUUUUUACUCCACACACCUGGCUCGAGUGUGUCUCCUCAGCAGAAGAUAGAGGCUUCCAGGGAUGGAGUCGAUGCCCGGACAUCUUCGAGACGCUGGACGAGACGCCAGCUCCUCCCCGAGUUUAAAGCAGGACGCACAGGGUUUUUCCAGCCCCAGCUCCCUUAAACCAAACCAAGUGAGUGAGACCUCCCUGUACGGCGUGCCCAUCGUUUCCCUGGUCAUCGACGGUAAGGAGAGGCUGUGUCUGGCCCAGAUUUCUAACACGCUGCUGAAAAACUACAGCUACAACGAGAUCCACAACCGCCGCGUUGCCCUGGGCAUCACCUGCGUGCAGUGCACCCCCGUCCAGCUGGAGCUCCUGCGGCGCGCGGGGGCCAUGCCCAUCUCAUCCCGGCGCUGCGGCAUGAUCACCAAGCGAGAGGCCGAGAGACUCUGCAAGUCCUUCCUGGGAGCGCACAGCCCCCCGAAACUACCGGAAAAUUUUGCAUUUGAUGUCUCUCACGAGUGCGCGUGGGGCUGCAGAGGAAGUUUCAUUCCGGCCAGAUACAACAGCUCCAGAGCGAAGUGCAUCAAGUGCACCUUUUGCAGCAUGUAUUUCUCUCCAAAUAAAUUCAUCUUUCAUUCUCAUCGCACUCCAGAGUCCAAGUAUCUGCAACCGGACGCGGCCAACUUCAACUCAUGGAGGCGUCACCUGAAACUGACGGAGAAAGUCCCAUCCGAGGAUAUUAAUCACGCGUGGGAGGAUGUAAAGGCCAUGUUCAAUGGGGGCAGCAGAAAGAGGACUUUACCCAUGAACGGGGGGUCGGGGAUGUCCUCCCCUCUGAAGUCCCAGGCCUCUUCCAGCCUGGCGCAAAGCAGCUCUCCCGAGAUCCCCCACAAAACUUUACGGGGCGACCAGGAGCAGGGGAGCAGCAACUUAAGUUUGGGGAGCGGCGCGCGGAGCUAUCCAGUUAUCCCAGUCCCGAGCAAAAGCUUUGGCAUGCUCCAGAAAAUCCCCCCUCCCCUGUUCCCCCACCAUCCAUAUGGAUUCCCCAGCUAUGGGUUCUGUCAGAAAAAGAGCGACGGGGUGCCGGAUGCGGCCAAAACCAGCGUCCCCAGCGUCUUCUGGCCGGGCGCGAAGGACACCCUUUACCCAGCUUUUCCCAUGUUCUGGCCCGCUGCAGGCGGCCUCCCCAUGCCGCCCUACCCGGGCUCUCCUCCCAAACCUCACCUGGAGCUGCCAGGCGUCCGGCAGGGCGAGCUGGACCCGUCAGACCAAAGUAGCGCAAACACACCCAAAGACCUGAACCAGCACCCUCUCCAUCAUCAGCGGGACGGGGAGGAGCGCAGUCCCGGUUCCUCUUCCGCCAGGAAUGAAGAGGGCAGGUCCGGGGACGAGGCCUCCCAGCGGAAAAUCAGCUACAUCUCUGCGUUCAGGCCCGUCGUCAAGGACGUGGAGACAAUCGCCAAACUCUACGGCAGCCGGGACGGCUACGGCGCGCGUCCCGGCUACUUGUCCUCGGACUGCAUCAGCGAGAGCUCCAGCUACAGAUCGAUAUCUCCGGACAGGGACAGCGUGGUGGACGACGACGACGAGGCGGACGUGGACGUGGAGUCCAACCGCAGUCCGGACGAUGAAGAUCCGAUCCAGAUCUCGCCCGGCGUGGAGCCCCGUGACUCCCCCGCGGCAGACCGGAUCUCCUACAGCGCGGAGGAGAGUUAUGAGCCGCCAGAUGCUCCGAGCCCGGGGGCAGCCGCAGCAUCACCGGAGGACCCUGUUCCCACCAGGUCACCAGACGGGAACAGACAGGCGCGCAACGGCUCCCCACCUCAUGAAGUGAAUAAAAAGGACAGUCACGUGAUUUCUUCUUAUGGGUCCAAACAAUCAAACAGCCCCCGCAGACCCAGCGCUGUUCAUCUUCACAUAUCUGAAUUCCAAAAUCAGCGCAACGCAGCCUCCAUUCAGGAGCCAAAGGACAGACAAGGAGGAGCUUUGCGCAUCGAUAUCAGCGUGCGUGAAAGAGAUUUGGAGAGCAUGGCGAAAGAGGAGCUGCAGAAGCAGCUGGUGGAGCAGGUGGAGCUCAGGAAGAAGUUGGAGAGGGAAUUUCAGCAUUUAAAAGGUAUGGGAAAAAAUAAUUUUCAGGAUCAAAUGAAGCGUGAGCUGUCCUACAGAGAGGAGAUGGUCCAGCAGCUGCAGAUUGUUCGAGAAGCUCACGACGCCCUUCACCAUUUUUCCUGCAAGAUGCUCACCCCUCGUCAGUGCACCGGAGCCUGCAGCUUCAAAUCCCCGCUGCUGCCUCCAUAACCCGACCCCAGCACAGCCAAAAAAAAAAUAAGAAAGAGAAAAAGAAAAACCCUCUGCCUGUAACACGAGGACUACCUGCCCUGCUGUAGAUACACUGCUGGUUCUGGCGCUCAUUUCGACACCUGCAGGAGGAGGUUUUUGCCGCGGCGACUCCGUAAAAGAAGCCACUGGUUUGGUUCCAGAAGUCUGGACUCACCUGGGCCUCACGCUGCAGCUCAACAUGUGCAGCUGCAAAGCCCAAACUCUCUAAAGUCUCAGUGAAUCAAAGCUGACAGCUCCUACGCAAUUCUCAUCAGUGGAAAAAAAAAAAGCAACACUAUGAGCAUAAAUUGUUAUAUACAUAUAUAUUAUGUGACAAUGUGCAAUGGCUUGUAUAAUUGUGAUAUAUGAACUAAGAAUUUCCCAUUAUUUAGAUUGUGUUGCUUGUUUGAAUAUGUGUUUCACAUUUUACAUGCUAUUUCUGUUUCUUUUAAUUUAUUCUUUAGAUUGUUUGUAACACCGUGUAUCUUGUUAAGCACUUUAAAUUGGCGGCGUUUCUGAGCUGGAUCAUUGAAUCCAAAUUGUUUUAUCGGAUAAAAACACUUUGUGUUUUCAAAUAAAGCACAUUGCCUUUGGAUGAGCACUUCCCACAGCAGCAAAAACUUUGGGUGACAGUUUCUUUCCACAGUUAUCAGCAGAUGUUGAAGCCCAUCAUUUUCUGUGUUAUGCAGUUUUUUUCUAUCACUGAUCCAAAAACUUUUCUGUCAUCUGAUGGUGGCUUUAGCAAGAACAAAAAACUUUUUUUGUGCACAGCCACACUCAUUUUGUCAUGGUUUGUAGUUUCAAAAACUCACACCUGAAGAGCAACUCUUGUUUUUGGAAGCAAAUCCCCCUUAUUUUUAUUUAUUUAUUUAUUUAUUUUCCCCAUUCCUGUAAGUACUCAUGUCAAAAUGAAUAAAAAUGAGCACCAAUUUCUGCUUUUGAA